ACCCCUAGACUUUCUCGCAUUAACCUUGAGUGUGCACCUUUUUGUUUACUCUCUCUGAGUUUGUCUUUGUUACUCGCUUUAAAAUUUCAGUGAAAUUAUUGUGGAUAUUUAUUAAUUGAUAUAGAUUGAUGUAAUUCAAGCAGGAGAACCUUUCAUUGAAAACAGAUUCUUGACAUACGAGAAUAUUUUAAACUGAGAAAAUGAAGAUAAAAGUAGAGCCAGAAAAUGAAUGUUCAGAAUUUAUAUUUAACCGAGGUGAUGAAAAGUUUCUUUUAAAGAAUUACAAGAAAGAAUUUAAUACGGAUACCAAAACAUUUUGUAGAAGAAUUAAAUCAGAACCUUUAGAACAUAAAAAUAUACAGGUAAAUACUUAUGAAAAUUUAAUUUUAACAAAUAACACAAGCGAUUCUAAUAUUUGGAGUAAUUCUUAUUGUAAUAGCGAAAUAGAUUGUAAGAAUAAAGAAAUAAAAAAGGAGAAAUGUGACACUAAAAAUGACAUAAAAUCAGAAUGCAAAGUCGUUUUGAAAAGAUUGAAUUUUAAAGUGAAAACUGAAUACGAAUACGAAGAUUUAAAGCCUGUGAAGAACGAAUUUUUCAUUCCCGACAGAAACUCUAACAGGAAUGAUACGAGCGCACAAAAUGGAAGUUUGAUAAUUGAGUUGCAAAAAUGUCCAUAUCUAGUUAUAGGAGAAUUGGAAGGAAAUAUUUCCAAAUAUACUUUGAGGGACGGACGGCAAGAAGUAAGAGAUAAAGUGAACUGUCUAGACAAUGGUCUACUGAUCGAAGUGGAACCAUGA